CCCAUAUCAUGGCGGCCCCCGCAGAGUUCAUCAAGUUCAUCGACGACAAUGCAAACAAGUUCAUUGCUCGUCUUGGCGAAGCCGUCGCUAUCCCCAGUGUGAGUGGGAAUGGCGCGCAUCGCCCGGAUGUCUUCAAGAUGUCUGCAUGGCUGGAUGGCCAGCUGAAGAGCCUUGGUGUCACGACGAGCCUUGUCGAUCUCGGCAAGCAUGUCAUGGAUGGCGAGGAGCUGCCGCUGCCACCUGCGAUCUUGGGCAGGAUUGGCGACGACCCAAAGAAGAAGACGGUGCUUGUGUACGGGCAUUAUGAUGUACAGCCGGCAGAGAAGAGCGACGGCUGGGACACAGAGCCCUUCAAGCUCGUCGUCGACGAGAAGACAGGUCGCCUCAUCGGCCGCGGCUCGACCGACGACAAGGGCCCCAUUCUCGGCUGGCUCAACGUCCUCGAGGCGCACAAGACGCUCGGCCUCCCCCUCCCCGUCAACUUGCGCUUCUGCUUCGAGGGCAUGGAAGAGAAUGGCUCCGAAGGUCUCGACGACCUGAUCAAAUCCGAGACUGCCAGGGGCAACGACGGCUUCUUCGGCGGAGUCGACUGCGUGUGCAUCUCGGACAACUACUGGCUGAACUCGCGCACGCCCUGUAUUACGUACGGGCUGAGGGGGCUCGUGUACUUCAAGCUGACAGUGUCUGGCCCGACGAGGGACCUGCACUCGGGCGUGUUUGGGAGGAUGGUGCACGAGCCGAUGACGGACCUGGUCCUGUUGAUGAGCAAGCUCGUAGCGCCUGACGGGACGAUCCUCGUACCAGGCGUCGAAGACCUAGUCUCGGCUGCCGAUGAAGAGGAACGCGCGAUCUACGAGAAGCUCGACUACUCCGUCGAGGACGUCAAUGAUGCCGUCGGAGCCCCUAUCACCCUCUCGGACGACAAGGUGACGGUGAUCAUGGGUCGCAUGCGCAUGCCCUCUCUCUCGUUGCACGGCAUCGAGGGUGCGUUCUACGGUCCAGGCGCCAAGACUGUCAUCCCCGCCUCCGUCUCCGGAAAAUUCUCUAUCCGGAUUGUCCCUCCGCAGACCCCAGAGCUGAUCGAACCGCUCGUCAUUCAGUACGUCGAGCAGGAGUUCGCCAAGCUGAACAGCAAGAAUAAGCUCAAGAUCGAGAACCUGCACGAUGGACGGCCGUGGGUCGCGGACUACAAGCACUGGAACUAUGAGGCCGCGCGCCGCGCGACGCAGGCGGUCUACAGGCGCGACCCGGACCUCACGCGUGAGGGCGGCUCGAUCCCGGUCACGCUAACGUUUGCCGAGAGCUUGGGCGUGAACGUGUUGUUGCUGCCGAUGGGCAGGGGAGAUGAUGGGGCUCACUCGACGAACGAGAAGCUUGACAGGUCGAACUUCAUCGAAGGGAGCAAAGUUUUGGGCACCUACCUGUACGAGGUCGGGGCCAUCAAGGCAUAGACAUGUACAACAACACAAGGGUGUACGAGAAGGACAGAAGAAGUCGUAACAAUGCGCACUGUAUCGAAUCCAAGUCUCCUUGCUUGUAUCAAUCUAUCAUUGGUUGCUG